AUGGAGUUUCUUGGGUUUACGCUCAUGGUUGGUGGGAACUCGCCGGCGUGGAUUGACGUGCCGGAGCGGAGCAAGAGCGCGUUCAUGGAGCUGAAGAGGAGGAAGGUGCACCGGUACGUGAUAUUCAAGAUCGACGACAGCACGGAGGAGGUCGUGGUCGAGAAGACCGGUGCGCCCGGGGAGAGCUAUGACGACUUCACGGCCUCGCUGCCUGUGGACGACUGCCGCUACGCCGUCUACGACCUGGAUUUCGUCAGCGACGACAACUGCCGCAAGAGCAAGAUUUUCUUCAUCUCCUGGUCUCCCGAUGAUUCUCGCAUCCGUGCAAAGACCAUAUAUGCUGUGUCCAGGAAUCAAUUCCGCCACGAGCUCGACGGGGUGCACUUUGAGAUCCAGGCAACUGACCCUGACGACAUGGACUUGGAAGUUCUGAGGGUCCGUGCUAAUAGAACCUGA